UCCCCUUCGAUCUUGAAUUGCCUGUCUAUCCCACUCACAGACCCUCCAUACUGCCACUGGCAAAUUUGAAGCGACCGUUGUCAUGGCGCCUAAUGCACCACGCCUAAAGAUCCUGUCGGUCGGCGGAAACGCUGUAUCAGCCUUCUUGUCCUGGCGAUUACAAGCAACAAACGCGUGCGAUGUUACAUUGGUGUGGAAGUCGGGCUUUGAGAGCGUCGCACAAUACGGAAUCACUUUCAAAUCAAAACUCUUCGGCAACGAGAGAUUCAAACCGUAUUCAGUUGUACGAACACCUGAAGACGCUUCUCAUAAGCGCAGCCAGCCUUUCGAUUAUGUCCUCCUCUGCGUCAAGGCGCUUCCCGAUGUCUACGACUUGGCCGCUGUCAUUGAGUCUGUCGUGCAGCCCCAGCACACAUGUAUCCUCAUCAACACAACAUACACACUGGGCGUGGAGUCGUAUCUGGAACAGAGAUUUCCGACGAAUGUCGUCCUCUCUCUAGUGUCUGGUGCAGAAAUUCAGCAGCUGGGUCCGAGCGAGUUCGAGCACAUGGGUGCUACAGAUAUCUGGGUUGGCUCAGCCAACAAGAAUCCCGCCAUACCUGCCUCAAUACAAUCUGACAUGGCGGAUGCGUUGGCCAUGACAUUGAGCUCGGGUCAAGUCGAUUGCAAAGUAUCACCCAACAUUCGACAACAACAAUACGAGAAGAUGAUUGGAAACAUUGCUUUUCAUCCUGCCAGCGUCUUGUUCGAAACGCCAAACCACAACGAGCUCUUGGAGAAAGUUGGUGUCAGACCAUUGGUCACUGGCAUAAUUGACGAGUUACUCAAAGUCGCCACUGCUCAAGGCUGCGUAUUUCCCACGGAUUUCGCACACAAAACAAUGGAGUCGAUGUGUAUGCCACAGGAGACCAACAGCAUCAUGUACCAGGAUUUUACAGCAAGACGACCCAUGGAAGUGGAAACUUACCUUGGCUCCCCCAUGAAGCUUGCCCAAGAGGUUGACAUUGUGGUGCCUCGCAUCGAAACGAUGUAUGCAAUGCUUCACCACAUCAAUCUCGCCAACCAGAACAGAGCCACGGCGCCUCCGUCCCCGACGACGUCUGUAGCACCACCUCGUAUGUCAUCCAUGCCUCCGCCGCGUGGGCCUUCAAACGGUGGUGGACCCAUGAAUGGCGGCUCUAUAAAUGGUGGGCCUAUGAAUGGCGGACCAAUGGGUCCACCACGAAACGGGCCCAGACCAGGCAGUCGAGCGCCGUCAAUGACUGGUAGCAUGGGCCCACCCAUGAGACGUGGUCCCCCGCCAAUGAACGGCUACGGACGUCACCCAAACGGUCACGCCUAUCCCGGUCCACCCAUGCAACGGAGGCCAUCAUUUGAAGGAAACGAUCUCGAAGAGUUCAGCCAUCUUGUCCUAUAUGAUGACAUGCCGGAAGGUGAGAUGGCCGGUGGUGGUGGUGGCUACGGUGCUGGGAACGCCGAUAUCGCGCUCCGAGAACGUGAAUUGGCUAUUCGUCAACGCGAAUUGGCUCUCAAAGAACGCGAGAUGCACAUGCGACGUGGUGGCGGCGGCGGCGGCGGCCGAGGGAGAGGCAUGGCACCGUCGGCAGGGUUUGAUGAUGACGACGACGAGGAUGACUAUUUUGACGCAAUGGGUCCUUCUCGUCCGACUGUCGACACCGACAACUUUGAUAUGAUGAGUGUUACCUCUCGUCGUGCAAGGAACGGUCCUUCUGCCAGUCAAAUACGGAAAAAUCCCGAAUUGAUGUCCCAAGGACGAGCAAGCAGGAAUAUAUUUGGCCGCCCGAAAGCCAACAAGAGAACAAGUGCGUCACUUAUGGCCGACGUGCCAGGGCUGCAUGAUUCUUUGAUGAAUAAUCCAUUGAUGGGCUACUCUUCGAAUCGGUACGGUAACGUUGAUCGGCAAGCAAUGGGCCAAGAAUCGCGAACCAACUCUCUUACCGCUUCUCGCCUUGAUGAACUUGGCGGUGUUGGCGGCGGCUCAUACCCGUCCAUGUCACGACGGACAAGUCAGUCGCCUGGCAAUCCGUUUGGUCCAGCACCGGGGCAAAGAAAUGGCGGACGCCCUUCACCGCCCAACGGCUACUUCCCACCUGGCGGCAUGAACGGACGACCAUCUCCACCGGGCAUGAGGCAGCCAGUACCUCGAUACCCACCAGGUCAAGGAAAUGCGGUAGCGCCUCAGCAAGUAGAACAACACGCAGGGGUGAGCAAUCUCUAUCCGCCCAAAGCUGGUCAAGUUCGCAGUCUGACUGGAAGUGCGAGUGCUAGCGCGGGGAGUGGUGAUAGUGCACGAAUCGACUCGGAGAACUCUGCUCACAGCAGUCAAAGUAGCCUCGGGCCUCGUCCCCCGAUUGGCGUUCGAUGA